CUCCUAAUCACCUCACUCCUUCCUCCAAACAUCUACAGAUAUAGAUCCAUUUCAAGUGUUUUUGGCAGCUAUUCAGGUCGCAGUUGCUUGGAUGAGCAACCAUGACCCGAAUACUAUCGCACAAUGAUUAUACAGUGGGGUGGAUCUGUGCCCUCCCACUCGAGAUGGCUGCUGCCAAAGUCAUGUUGGACAAACCCCAUCCCAAACUGUCCCAACCCCGUCAUGAUCACAAUGCCUAUACUCUAGGGGAAAUUGGCGGACACAAUAUCGUUAUUGCAUGCCUUCCUAAUGGAGUGUAUGGAACCACCUCGGCUGCAAUAGUGGCCGACCAGAUGCUGUCCACCUUCCAUUCGAUCCGGUUUGGGUUGAUGGUCGGUAUUGGUGGUGGUGUACCGAUGCCAAACGAUAUUCGACUUGGGGAUAUCGUGGUCAGCAAACCAACAGGUCAGCUGGGAGGAGUGGUUCAAUACGACUAUGGCAAGACAGUUGCUUCAGGACGUUUUGAGCGCACUGGAAGCCUCAGCAAGCCACCGCAGGUGAUUCUCACUGCAUUGGCUAAUCUGGAGGCCAAUCAUAUGAUAGACGAACCCCAAUUUCCGACAUAUCUAUCAGACGUGAUGAAACGCAACACGCGGCUUCAAUCCAAAUUUGGCACCCCAGGCCAAGAGGAAGACCAGCUAUUCGAAUCGACGUACGACCACGAAGAAUCCUAUUCGGACUGCUCGAAGUGCCAUAAAAGCAAACUGAUUCAUCGAAAAUUGCGAUCUCAAUCUCAAAUUCACUACGGCCUUGUCGCAUCAGGAAACCAAGUCAUGAAGCAUGGUCAAACACGGGACAAACUCGCGCAAGAGCAUGGAAUACUGUGUUUCGAAAUGGAAGCAGCAGGACUAAUGGAUCACUUUCCCUGUCUGGUAAUCCGAGGGAUCUGCGACUAUUCCGACUCUCAUAAAAACAAGCAGUGGCAGGGAUACGCGGCGAUGGUGGCAGCUGCCUAUGCAAAGGAGCUGCUCUCUGAAACUUCAGUGACUGAGACUGAAAAAUGCAAGCCAACAGGCAAAGACUCAGAAGUUGAUAUAAAACCUGUGUAUAUGAUCCCAUUCGAUCGAAACCCACGGUUUACUGGUCGAGGGACUGAACUCCAAUAUCUCGAGAGCAAAAUGUUCACACAAAACGGUGCAAAAAAACUUGCAAUUGCUGGACUAGGAGGAGUAGGCAAGACCCAGAUUGCUCUGGAGUUGGCAUACCGUGUGCAGGAGAAACAUCCAGAGUGCUUGAUAUUCUGGAUUUCAUCAAUCAGUGAGACCCGUGUUCAGCAGUCUUACGUGAAUAUCAGCCGAUUACUUGGGAUGCAGGAUGUGAAGCCGACAGAAGCAAAGGAGCGCGUGCGGUCUCGUCUCAGCCAGGAAGAUGCAGGCCAGUGGCUGAUGAUUUUCGAUAAUGCUGAUGAUAAAGACAUGUGGAUAUCUUCAGACCCCUCUGCGCUGAAGAAUUACCUCCCUCGGGGACGACAAGGCUGUAUACUAUUAACCACGCGAAAUCAACAACUUGCCGUUAGUCUAGCAGGACCAAAUCUGGUUAAGAUGCAAGAAAUGGACGAUCAAACAGCAACAGAUCUAUUCAAAGCAUCGCUCGUUCAGAAAGACCUCCUUGAUGAUCAUGAAGCUACCAAGUCACUUCUCUAUCAACUUGGAUUUCUCCCACUAGCAAUUGUCCAGGCUGCUUCCUAUAUCAAUAAAAAUGGAACGCCAUUAUCCACUUACUUGUCGCUGCUGCAAGAGCAGGAGCAUGAGGCCAUCGAACUCCUCAGCAAGGAUUUCGAGGAUGAAUGGCGAUACGACGAAGCUCAGAAUGCUGUGGCUAUCACCUGGUUGAUUUCUUUCCAGGAGAUCCAGAAUUCCAACUCUUUGGCAGCGGAGUAUUUAUCACUCAUAUCAUGUGUUAAUCCGCGUGAAAUCCCGCCAUCUAUUUUACCCUCGGAUAGCCGAAUUCAGAAAGAGGAAGCACUUGGGCUUCUCAACGCAUAUUCUUUUAUCACAAUACACCCAGUUACUAAGUUGAUUAGUCUUCAUCGACUGGUUCAUUUAGCCAUGAGAAACUGGCUGAGAAAGGAAGGUGUGCUAGAACAAUGGACAAUUAACACAGUACAUGAAAUGAAUGUGACCUUUCCAUCUACUGAAGAAGUGAAUCGAAAGUUUUGGCGACAAUAUCUACCCCAUGCUCUGACCUUAUUAUAUAGUAAGGAGCUUCAUGGCUGGACACAAGAUAGGGAAGAGCUGGCAAAAUAUACAGGACUGUAUCUAAAGGAAGAAGGACAAUAUAAUCAAGCAAAAGCUUUGUUUGAAGAACUAUUGGGGAGGAAAAUAGAGAAACUGGGACCGGACCAUAAGGAGGCACUCGAUGUUCAGAAACAUUUAUCCAGGACAUACAGAGCCUCGGGUGAAUAUAAGAAAGCCGAAGAAUUGAUUGAACAUGUUAUGGAUAUCCAACAGAGAGCUCUAGGAUCUGAUAAUCCAGAUACCCUUACAAGCCUGGAUAUACUAUCAAAUGUCUAUUUCGACCAGGGACGAUACAGAGAGGCAGAAAGCCUGCUGGUGCAAGUUGUGGAGAAGAGAAAGACUGUUCUUGGGGCAGAUGAUGUUGAUACGCUGAAUAGUAUACAAAAACUGGCGUGGGUCUACCGAGGUCAGGGGCGAUAUGACGAGACAGAGAAAUUACUCGAGCCCAUGAUGGAGACAGUCAAGAAUGCCUUGGGACUCGAGCACCAUCAGACCCUGGGCUUUAUUAAUAGCCUAGCACUGGACUACAUGAAUCAAGGGAAACUGAUAGAGGCAGAAAAACUUCUUACACAGGUAACAGAGAUUGACAAAAGACUGCAUGGCUUGGAGCAUCCCGACACCCUGGUCAGUAUUAAUAACCUCGCCGCAGUUUACAAAAACCAGGGUCGAUUGAUGGAAGCAGAGGAGUUGGAACAACAAGCGCUUAAGAUGAAAAAGAAAAUACUGGGACCAGAACAUCCUGAUACCCUGGGUACUAUGGGAAACCUGGCAUCAACUUAUUAUGGCCAAAAGAAGUGGAUGCUGGCAGAAGAUCUGGAGAUGCAAGUACUUGACACAGAAAAGAGAGUUUUGGGACCAAAGCACCCACGUACUCUUAUCAGCAUGUACAAUCUGGCCUUCACCUGGAAAGAAAUCGGGCGCGAUGAAGAUGCUAUGACUCUGAUGGAUGAAUGUGCUCAGCUGCGGAAAGAGGUUUUGGGAACUGAUCACCCUGAUACAAGAGAUGCCAUGGAGUGUUUCGUUGAUUGGAGCGAGCCGAGUCCAGUUGAAACUCGACGGUAAAGACUACGGAAGUGAUUCAAGACUUUUCCGACCCGAUCUAGGAUUUCGAUAGACGACGACACAGAUCAGUUGAGUUGAGAAUGUAUAUAAUGAGCAUUAAUUGAUGCAUUCUUUCUCAUAUUAAAUUAGCAACAAAAUGAGCAGGUGGACU